AUGUCUCAAAUACAAACCCGAAGAGGGAAAAAAAAAGAAGGAAACAAGAAGAAGACUUUGCCAGUCCAAAACAACUUUGAGGAGAUGGAGUCAGAUAUUGAAGGUAAGAAUUUUAUUCAAUCAUGGUUAUACAUAGAGUGGUCUCGUGUAGCACAAGGUUGUCUGAGUCCCUGCGACAUACUAGCAUCAUGGCCAGGGGGUGGACUUGUAAUGUACACAAAGCUGCCUCAUGCUAAAGAAACAGGAAAUAGGCUCCUGCCCUAUGGGCCUCGUGGCUUGGCAAGGCUUAGUUACAAAGCUUUGUCUAAUUGAAAUAGAACAGCCUAUGACUGUUAACACAUUGAAACAAAUACAAUCCUAAGUAUUUAAUACAUCUUUGCGCAUCUUUUUCAGUUGGAGAGGUUCGAGGCGGUUCUUGUGGAACCAUGGAAAAAUUCAAGUUGGACUUGAACCAGCUAAAGGGAGAGAAACGGCUCCUCAAAGAGGAGAUUCGUCUCCUUAAGGAAGAGAACAGACAACUAAAACAGGAGCAGGAUCUCUGAAAGGAGAAGUCUUGUUCCUCUGAGGCCGGUUCAAAAGGUAACUAGACUGUUCCUCCCAAAACCUACAUGUCAGGCUCAAACUACCAUCUAAAGCAGGGGUUUUCAACUGAUUUUGACCCAGGAACCACCAUUCUGACUAGGAGCAACCUGGGGACCACCACUAUUGUCAGGUGGGUCCAUCAUAGACCCAUCCAACAAUAUAUUGUCCGUUCUCAAAGCAUCUUAUUACCAGAAAAGAGCAGGGGCCUUAUGUAUCAAUACUUGCGUGGAACUCAUACCAGAAACGAGCGCACGCAAGGUCCGUCACGCUGAAAAAAAUCUGUAUGUAUCAAUGUGUGCGGGCGCCGAAAUACACGUGUGUUUCCUAGAUAAAUCCCAAUCAGCGUGGAAUUGAGCACAGAUGUCGAAGUGACUGGGCCAGCCCCCGUUACGCCCUCCUAUAAAUAUGCAGAUUUAUUUAAAUCGGGUCUCCCUGUCCUCGCACGCAGACAAAAUGACAAGAAAAACUAAAUUUACGGUGUGUGAGGUGGAGGUGCUGGUGGCGGAGGUGGAGGAGCGACAGCCUGUUUUGUUUGGCAGCCUGUCCAGUGGCGUCAGUGCAAAACGAAAACGCUUGGAGUGGGAGAAAGUUUGCGAGAGGAUGAAUGCGGUGGGUUCCGAGACACGCACCCCCGUGGAGAUUAAAAAAAAGUGGUCGGACCUCAAGGUGGAGAUCAAGCGGCGUACAGCUGCCCUCCGGAGGAGUACCAGCCAGACAGGUGGGGUUCCGGGGGAGGAGACCCUCACGCCGUUUGAGCAGCGGGUGGUGGCGAUUAUUAUUAUAGGGUAAGUGGCGUGUCACACAAAUGUCCACAUGCUUUGCCAUGCCACUGAGCAAAAGACCUAUAUUAGACGUCUAGUCUGAGUUUAUACUUCAUUUCAACGUCGGGAUUCAGUCUAUUUUUAGACGUGAUUUAUACUUUGCCCUUAACUUCAUUUUUGGAUAACUUUUUAUGCAAUAAACAACUGUAAUGUGCAUAACUGACCUCUAAAUACUGGAUUACAUUACCUAUGAUACCGUGGAGAGAGAUGUAAACGCAACAGAUACACAGAAGCAGGAAUUGAAAUGAACAAAUAUUUUUAUUGUGUCACAGAAAUCAAUGUGUCGGCCGUGUCGCCGGCUUGCGGAACCCCAGCCCGCGGCAGCCCGUCCGCCGGCUCGGAGUCGUCGGCCAGGACCGGCGGCAUUCGGGCCACUCCGGCCCCCGGCCCCAGCACCAGCAUCAGCACCAGCGCGCCGACAAGCGGUGGAGCGUCCACCAGCCGCGGCGCUUCCGCUGGACCACCCGGACGCAGUGGAAGGGUCCUCACAGAGGCGGUCCUGCAAUCGCAGGAAGAAAUCAUCAGGGGGAUCGCGGGGAUCAACGCGCGGCUGGACCGGCUCGUGUAUGUCCUCGAGCGUCUGGUGGCGAAAAUAAAUUAAUUUGGCUCAUUGAACUGUGUAUUCACUUCUUACCCAUUCACACUGUGGCGAUGAGAUUCUCCCGCGCGAGAACGGCGGCCGGCAGUGAUCAGCUCGCAUCCCUCCGUCUGCUGCUGGUUCGUCAUGUGGGGCGACGUGCUGCUCGGCCACGGGGAUGUGGUGCAGCUUGUCACAUAGUGAGUCACCAAACACCGCCACACAGCGUCGCCAAAGUGCCGUCAACGCAAGUAUCCGCUCAACGCCAAUUUCUACACCACCUCCUGACUUUGCGUUGAUUAGCGCUGGAACCGACGCUCGUUUCGCGAUGAUAAAUUUGGACGUGUGCGCCGAUUUUGGCGUACGCAAGGUUUUCUUGCGCCGCAAGCGUUGAUACAUAAGGCCCCAGGUCUAUCAUUCUAUCAAGUAUUUUUUCCCCUCAAAACAUUUUCAUUCACAUGCGAACAAGAAAAAAGAGUAGCAAAUUGAACUAAAAGGAAAAUUUAAAAAGGAAAUGUAACUUUUCUUUUCAAUGAAUGCAUGGCCAGGGACCACCUGCAAUGCCUCUGCGGACCACCAGUGGUCCACGGACCACCAGUUGAAAACCCAUGAUCUAAAGCAAUGGUUCCCAAACUGUUAAGCCUGUGACAAAAAAAGAAGUAUUUUACGUUUGCCUGGGACACAAAAAUAGUGAAAACAGCAGACCUACAAACUCACGUGUCGCUUCACGCCGUGUUGUGAGCUUGUAUAUAGGCCUUUUACUUUCUAAUUUAUGGAAUUUCUUAGAUUUUCUCAUAUUUAUCCAUGAAACAAAAUUGCAAUCACUGCAUCCUUAUUUUUAUUUUUUCUGAUCUUUGGUUCUCUCUUUAUAUAUUUGCUGACUUUAAGGUCCACAGAAAAGGAGCCAUGACCUUGGUGAGUCCUCCGACUCCUCUGAGCCUGAGUCCCCCUUUGAAACAAAGAAGGCUGCCAAGAAGAGAAGAAGGAAGCCAGCAUCGUCAUCAUCAUCAGAUGAGGACUCCCCGAAGAAAAAGCCAAAGAAGGCUUCAUUUGGAAAGCGAGGUAUCUGGGAAAAUAAAGAUUUUCAUAUUGCUUCUGUAACAAUGCACACACAAACAGUGCUUUUGCUUACAUCAGUGGUUAUCAAAGUGGAUUUCAGGGACUCUGGGUUUACCUUAAGCGUUCUAAAUCGACCCCUAAGAGUAUGUAACUCUUGACACAAAACUGAUGUACAGAUGGAACCAAAUGAACCCUAACCAGUCCAUUUGUGCAUUGUCAUUGUUAAGGGGGGGACCUUGAAUUUUUAAAUUUUACAUCACACUGCAACAUGAAAAUGCACUGAUUUAUUAAGUGACCCCAAAAUUUGGUAAAUGCACCCCUUUUUUAUAGACUACAUUGGGGAGCUUUCAGACUCCGUUCACCUUAGCAAAGCCUAUGGAAGAUAUUUGUCUUAGUAGGAGCAUCUCUGCUUAUAUUACUCUCCCUUCCACCCACACACAAUCUCUUAAUGGCAACAUUUAGCAUAGUCAGACUGGCCCUAUUAUGAAACUGAUAUGUAAAGACUAACAAUUAAACCCUGAAGUGAAAAAGAAUAGUUUAAGUACUGAUCAUCAUGUAUACUCGGAUUGUGCAAUAUAUUUGUAAUUAUGAGUGUUUCCCCCCCCCCCCCUUUUUUUUUUCUUUGAUCUGUCUUGUAGUCAGUAGCCCAGAGGAUGUGGUCCACCGUUAUAAGAAGUUGGUGAGGAUGUACAGGAGGACCAGGAGCAUCCAAGAAAUCUGUAGGGCCUUUGACUUGGACCGCAACACCAUCGCAGGGACUGCGGUCAUCGCAGAUGUCCUCAUUGCAGGAGAGGGUGGGGAUUUUGGAGAGCUGCCCAUAAUUGCAGAAAACCAGAGUUUAGCUAGCUUUGCCAAAGUUUGCAAGGCAUUUUUGGAUGCAAACCCCACCCUAAAAGAGAAAGUGGAUAAGAUGAGGAAGGCCAAUGAGCUGCUCACCAUCACGUACAAAUUACAGAAAUGA